UCAAGGUGGUCAUUGCUACUUGCCUGACAGAUCCGCCCAUGAAGGCGCCAAUGCACUUAGGCACUACGACCUCGCCGCCCUCCUCCGCGGCUGCGGCCGCCACCACCCACAAGGCCACAAUCCGUUCACGGCGCGGCCAUCAAGGUCGGGUGCAUCGCCUUCACGGCUUCACCUUCCUCCGCAACAGUCUCCUCGUCGGCUACCUGCGACACCCCUUCCCCGCUGACGCCCGCACGCUGUUCGACGAAAUGCUGCGCCGCAACCCCGUGUCCUGGUCCGCCCUCAUCUCCGGCUCCGCUCGCCUCGGCGCCCUCGCGGAGGCCCUCGCGCUGUUCGCCGGCAUGCUUCGCAGCACGGAGCGCGGAAGCUGGGAUCACCCGGACUCGUUCACGCUGGGGGCUCUGUCCACUGGGUGCGCCCGCGCCAGAGGCAAUGUGGCGGGCGCGCAGGUGCACGCUUGCGCUGCCAAGUUUGGCGUCGACGAGGAGGAUGAGAGCGUCGCGGCGGUGGCGGCGAAGGCGGACAUGUAUGCUAAGUGCAGGUGGGUGGACCCAUUGUGGUGGGCUUUCACACUAGCACUGCGGCAUACGGUUGUGUGCUGGAUGUGGACGAGCAUGAUUGCCUGCCUGGUCAACCACGGCUCGUCAGGGAACCAUGGCACAGCAAUUGCGCUGUUCAAGAAAAAAUGCUGGAAUUGAAGGUUUGGCCUACCAAUGCGAUGUUUUCUUGCAUCCUGAAGGUGUUGAUGGGCAAAGUUGCUACCUGUUGGAAUGCAAGUUCAUGGCUGCUUGCUGAAGAUAGGGACUGAGGUAGACACUACUUUUGGGAGUGCCUUGAUGACAGUGCAUGGAAGAUGUGCUGGGGUUGUUGGCUUUGCCGUAUAAGGCAUGCAUUUUCGAAGAAAUCCCUGCUUUGAGCUUAUGCACGGUCUGGAUACGAUAUGGAGACCGUUGGUUACUAGAGGGAAUUUAGUCACCAUAGUUGCAGUGAAGCAUAGUGGACUCGAUCACAAGAAAUCAACAAACUGAACAAAGAUAUCCAUUAGUACAAGUAAAGCAUGUUGUCAAUGUCUUGCAUCCUAUAGAACUGACCUGAUAUGGUCCUGGUGCAAAUCUUUCUAUGGCACAGGACAGGUUGUAAAUAUUCAGUGUAUGUUUGAAGCUGAAGUUUUCGAUGACGUUGAAACAGAGAUGCAUACUCUUACACAAAACAAAGAACGCUGUUUUGAGGCUUCAAAGGCUUCUUUUAUCUACAAUGGGAGAUAUGUGUGUAUAUUCUUGUACUUAUCAAAUGUCAUGAUGGAAGUUCAUUUACCAGGAUUUUGAAGGCUCUUACAAUCCCCAACUUCAAGUUGUGUAAGUUCAUUAUCGAGAUCACAAUAGCUCAGUCAUAUU